AUGCGACGAUGUUUGCCUUUAGUCUCCAACCCUAUGAGAUUGAAGCAAGACAUCCAAUUCAACGUUCGGGUCACGCAUGGCCAGUUUCGGGAGGAUAGAUGGUACACAACUACGAUUGCUUGCCCUGAACCCGGUACAGUACCACACAUCGCGUCUUUCCUAGGGCUUGAGUCGUUCCAAGGGACAGUGACUCACUCCUACAAGUGGCCAGAGGAGGGCACAGGAGCCUCCGGGGUACAGAUCGUGCAAGAUUGGGCUAAGAGAGCAGAUCAUCUCACUGUUUUCCAACGAACCCCUAAUACAGUCCUGCCCAUGCAUCCAGAAGGCUGGCAUCAAGAUCCAAAAAUGACCCGUGAAGAAUUCUCCAACUACCGCCGCACGCAUUCUAGCGGCGUGGACUAUCAAUCUUUAUCAACCAAUACAUUUGACACAGUGAAUCCCGCCGAGCGACACACCCUCCGCGAACAUCCAUGGCAUACUGGCGGGAUGAGAUACGUCUACGCGAACUACCAGAAUGUAAUGAUCAACCGCGCUGCGAACCGGGAGAUUUACGAUUUCUGGGCUCAGAAGUUCCGUUCACGCAUUAAGAAUCCACGCAAACGAGAUCUGUGGCGCCCCUCAAGCCUUUACACCCUAUGGGCUCGAAAAGACCUACCUGUGAAGUCGAUUACUAUGACUAGUUCAAUCGUGGGUCUACGAUCUACUUCCAUCUAUUCUUUCCAGGCUGGUGGCUUCACUGCCACGGAUGGGCAAUUCUACCUUCUUGAUAUCGUUGCUCUAGCCACGGGUUUUGAUACGAUCACCGGCGGACUCACUCAUGUGGUGCUGCACAGUGUCGAUGGCGAGUCUCUAAAGGACCAGUGA